UGGUGGUUUCAAAAUCAUCUUGCUCAAAGUUUUAACAUAUUAUUGAAUAAAAAUUUAAUAAUAUAUCAAUUCGAAAUUAAAUAGAUAGAGGAAAUUCUAUUGCAAUUAAAAUCGUGUAUUAUAGAUGAAGAUGCAAUUAAUAUGCCUCUGCAACUGGAUCCUUCAACAAUACAAAAGCUUACUCAUGAGUCGUCUGAAAUUCGGUUGCGAACAUUUGAACAAAUUUGGAAUAAGUUAAAUCGUGCUUUUGACCAUAAUGAAGAAAUACAAUUCAAAGUAGGAGAAUUGUGUAAACAACUCAUCCGUUGGUUUGGAUUUGAACCAAUAUGUGAAGGAAAUCGCGUCCUCCAACUACUUAUACAAAUUUUAAGAUCAAGCUACAACGAACAAGCUAUUAAACAACUUGGUAUGAAUCGUUUCAAGCGAGAGAUGGAUAAAGUUAAACUUCGAGUCAAAAACUAUCAAACCGAAUCACAAUUGGUGGAUGAAGUAAAAAGUAUACUGUGCCACUACCACGAUAGUAAAAUGAAAAAUGAAACGGAUAAAGUUAUUGAAGUUUUUGAAACUAUUUCACUUAUUGAUACAGAUGAAAAUGACAGUGCUAAAAGUGAAACGUUUUUAAGCAAUUUUGUAACCAAUGACUACGAACCAGCGUGGUCAAAACCAACACCGGCAGAUUUUACUGCACUCAGAUUUAUAGCAGAUCUUUUAACUAAUACAGAUGUUGACGAACGCGAAAUGUCGAAUGCCCUUCUACAUCUAGAAAUCACAAUGUUAGAUUAUCCUGCCGAAUAUAUGCUUCAAGCACCACAUGUAUUUUUGCGUCUUUUACAACUGUAUAAUUUAAAUGAUUUUGAAAAAUGCAGUGUAUUGGAAAAAGUUAUGAGGCCAAUUAAAAUUUACUUGCGGCUUCUUUUGGCCAGAUCAAAAGAGCGUUCUAAUGUAAGUGCAUAUUCAACAAAUACAGCAGCAACACUUAUAUCCGGAAAUACACAAUUAAAAGUGAGUACUAUUUUGCGCUUGGUUCUUGCAAAGAGUGUACAACUUUUGGAAAUAUUAGUGCACGAAUGUCGUAAAGAAAUGCAAUAUAUUAUGGGAAUCGCUAGAGACUGUCUUGAGCUGUUUCGUCUUCAACAAAUAAGUGUUGAUAAUGAUAUGUUGCGAAGGCUAUACUCAAUUAUACUUAAUCUUCAAAUUUGCUUUGAGCAAGAUGGACAUUUCACAUUGAAAAGAAUUAAAUAUCUCCUACUUGUAUGCCUAACAGAUGAUAUUUCAGCUCAUAAUAUCAACGAACAAACGGAGAAGGAAGAUUCAAAAAUGUUAGACUUUCUGCUACGUGAUUAUACAUUCAAAGUCAAUUUCCCGCAUCGUUAUCGUAAUAUUGAAAAACGUAAGCAAAUAUUUGGUUCUAAAACCUUUGAUCAAUGUCAAAAGCUGCAACAUUAUGAUAGCUCUAUUCGAUUUGCAGUGUCAUUACUUCGAAAUCCACGAACUAUCAAUAGCGAAUUAAUACUAUUGAAUGAACCCAAUAUUUUUGUGGCUAUAGAAAAUUUGAAAAGUGUACAAUUAACUGAAUAUGUAUUUCAAUCGAUUAUAGAUUGCAACGCACAAUAUUUAGAGAAGCCCGACUUGCGGUCGAAAGCUACAGAACUAUUACUUAAUUUAAUGCGGUUGAAACAUGAGCCACUGCGGAUACAUGUUUACAAAAUACUUUCUAUGGCGGUAAAACGGCACUUUGCAUGCUUAAUGGAAAACGAACGCUAUAAUAUUGGUUUGACACAUGGACAGUUGCUAGAAUGUCAAGUACUAGGUGUACCAUGGAGCAGUGAACUACUACUCCAUCUGAUUUAUAUAUGUGGCGAUAAUAAAAACGAAUACUUAAACAAAAUUAGUGAAGAAAUAUUAACGCUAAUAUUAAAAUCUCAGCACUUAUUGGGUGAAGAAUGGCUAAAAUUAUUACAUUUAUUUCUACCAAUAUUGCCUUUGUUACAGUGUUGUAAUCAAUCGCAAAAUAUUACACUGCUGUUGCAAAAACUACUUGAUCCAGAUACAAAACAACUGCCUUUUUUGACGGUAUUGCAAGGUAAUAUUAUAUUUAUGUUUCAUCACCACAGUAAUAUACGUAGCGAAGCUUUAGCGCGCCUUCUUUACAUUAUGAAUACACUACCAGACGCUGAUAAAUAUGUACCAAAUCUUCUACAUAUAAGCGAUGUAAUACCCAACGAUGUAUGUAUUUUAAAAAGUCCUCGGGAAUAUCAAAAGAUAUUUACAGACGUUAAUGCUUCUUAUGAAGAUAUUUUACAUAAUUUGCUGAAUAUGUUAGAAAUGACCGAUGUGGAACCAGUGAUACGCAAAACAACACUAAUGCAAUUGAAUGUUAUGUGCCAGCAAUGGGAAACUUUAACUACCUUUUGUGAAGAGAGUGCUCAUUAUUUAAUCUUACAAGCGCUUGAAAAUGCACUAUUGGUUACAUCGUAUGAAGAUUAUACCGGCUCUGCAAUUCCUGCAAUCAGUAUACUUUGUAAGGUGUUGUUAUAUGACGCUUCUCUGCGUUGCGAAUUAUCAGAUACACCCAAUAUAUAUAUUUUACUGUUACGCGCGAUUGCUCUCUAUCAAAAUGAUAUACAGUUACGUCAGGACGCCUGUGUUUGUCUGUUUCUCCUACUUUAUUCAAGUUUCAUUGUAGUUUUGGGUAACCAGCGUGUUGAGGCACCCAGCCUGUUAGGUAAUUUACAAUUGCCGCUAAACUUUGAUUUGCAAUCGUUUGAACAACACAAUACCGCGCUCUAUGAAUAUGAUCAAAUUUUCGCAAAUAAAACGGAAGCCACGUUAUAUUUGCGGCAUCUAAUAGCAAACACCUUUUAUGACGAUCAAAUUCCUGUACCUAAACAGUACUUGGAAGAGCAAAAGGAUUACGAUUUUGAUGCAGAAUUGCAUUUGCAAUUACGUGAUUGGCGCUUAAUGAGCGCUACUAAUUCGAAACAUAAUAUACAACGAUUUUUGAGAGCAAUUUUAAAUGCUACCGAUCAUAAGUCGCUAAUAUAUGCGAGCAUUUCAUUGCAAUUACAGCUUAGUCUGCGCGAUCAACAAACUAAUAAUGCCACCACAUUGAUGCCCGACAAAUUUGUCAACGAGCUAUAUGGUAUGAUUAGUAAAUACUUGCAAUUACCGCCGGGUAAUGAGUCGGAUUAUGAACUUUUUGAAGUAUUGAUCGAUCUCUGUCAAUUCUGCGUACAAUUGCCUUUGACUAUAAUAAAUAUACGUUUGGUAGAGGAUUUAAUAACGGAUUUUCAGCAUGCUAUUAUUGCGCUACUUAAAAACGAAGAUACUUCACUUCGUUUGUAUCACAAAUUAUGUGUUUUAUUGAGAAGUUUAAUGGAAUCCGUUAAAACUGUAAAUGGAGACAAAGAAAAGUUGCGUAUUUUACAUAGCAAUUUAUUUGAAUUGAUAUUCCAAUUGAUCACGCGGCACUUUCAAAAACGUGAUUUCCUACGCAUACGCUGCUUAUUGAGUCUACAAGCUACACUAAGCAGUUGCGAUAUUGCUAUUGCGGAUAGGCAACUCAUGGCAUACUGCAAACGCUUCAUAAAAUUAUCACUUGUAUUAAAGUCAUUUACGCAAACCGGAUCACAAUGGCAGAUUGAUUGCCUGACUAUUGUAUGUCGGCUUUAUACACAGUUGGAGGAACCACAACGUAGUUUUAAGCUUUGCCAAUCAUCCGUAAAGUACUUGAGUGGUCUAUGCGGGCAUUGUGAACGAAAAGUUCGUGCGCUGGCUUGGUGUAUUUUAACAUAUUUUUCACGCUAUGACGACCCGCAUGAUAACAGUACAACAUUAACAACUGGUAUUGACUUUUUAGAAAAUGAGUUAUCCUAUCUGCCUGGCGGUUUUAUGGCAUGUUGUCUGUGCACUUUUUUAGAUGGCGGUGAAUCGAUAGUGGUACGUCAGUUAGCUGCGAAUUUAUUUACCAAUUUUCUCAGUGGAGCUGAGAAAAAAGAGGAUGCAUUUCAAUUACUUACACGACAUAAAUUUCUAUUCUUUGCAAACGAAGCCAUACGAGGUUGUUGCAUAUUCGAACAAACUUUACCGUUACAUUUUGAUCAUAAUUCCCCAAUCAGCAUAACUAAUUGUGAUUUGAUAAGUUGUUUUUGUAAAAUAUGCUCUAGAAUGUUGGAAAAUAAACCAGAUUUCGCUAAAGAGUUGUGUGAAAGUGAUUUUAUGUUAAAAUUAUAUGAAUUACUGAAAAUGUCAGCGGCGGAUGAGAAUCCCAAAUACUAUGUCAUGUGCGGCGAAAUAUGCCGCUUAUAUGGAGCAUGUUAUCCAACAAAUUUCCUUUUACUGCAGCGCACCCUGUGUCGUGAUCAAGUUUGGCUUAAACAUUUUUAUCAAUUAUUCGACCAGCCAGAUAUAUUAGAUGCAGUGAUUGUAAAUGUUUUGCAGCUGCUGUUGGUUCUUUGUAAAGAUGAUAUGGCUUAUGAGAAAUUAUGUGACAACAUUUCCAAAGCGCCGGCAUCGCUUGUGAGGCAUUUGUUGCGCGCUUUUGCAAUUGAGAAUCUCAAUACACCGCUGCAACGAUGUUCAUUGGCAGCGUUGAGUUUAUUAUUAAUCAAAGGUCAGAAUAAAGAGAAAGAACAAAAUAGGCCAAAUAACAUUGUAGUGACACUGGAACGCAAUGUCGCAAUAACGGAUAAUAAAGACAUUAUCGCGCUAAAAGUGGCGAAAUUUACUGAAAUUCUGACGCAGAGACAGUAUGACAAUUUCAGUGAGGAUCUAAGCGUCGAUAUUGAUUUAGUAGAAAAUGAAAAUGCGAGCAGUAACAGUUCGUCAAUAACAGUAGCAACAAAAUCCCCAAUUGCUCUUAUCUUUGUAGAGUUGUUUCGCCUAUUUCAGCACCUUUACUCCAUAGCGACGAGCAAAUUCACUAACGCACCAACCAAAGCACAAGUGCAAGUAAAUGAAACGCUGGGGGUGAUUCUGCGAAUUUCUGUAGGCGCACGGUUGGCCGCGAAAAAUCUGAAACUCUUCGAUAAAAUAACGCAAAUUUUUGAUACAUUUUUUGAACAGUUCAAAUGCUGCGCUACUACUUAUGUACGCCGUUAUGGCGAGAACAAAAAAUUGACUUUGGUAAAAAAUUUUAAACUUUUACUAAACGUAUACUUGCAUUGGUUUGCCGCUGCUGAUGCAGCGCUCACGGAUAAUCUUCAAAGUGUAGCACUUUCCAAGCUCCUAAUGCAGUUGUGGCCGUGGUUGCCACACUCAGGUGACUUAAAAGAGCUGGUACUGCAGGUGUGUUGUCAUCAUAGUGAGCAUUCAUUUGCCGUAUGUAAACAGUUUGCGGUGCUGUUUUCCGGAUAUGUGCACUCAUUACUGCAAUUGGUCAUUAAGUUGAUCGUAGCCGAAACCACGAAGGUAAAAGCUAACAAUGCCGAAAGUUUCCCGGUUAUCAGUACGGGCUUGCGCAUAGUUAUGAAUUGUUGCUCGUGUGCAGAGGGUCGCGUCACCAUAACUAAGGCACAUAUGUUGGACAUGUUUGAUAGCUUGCAUCCGUUUCACUUAAAAUCGCCUAAAGUUAAAGCCGAUAUACUGCGUUCAUGGUUGCAGUUUUGGGAGUUAUUUUCACGCUAUCCGGAAGGUGCGCAUAUGCGCAAUUUGCGAGCUCUCUGUGAUGUAAUUAUACGGUCUCCUCCCAGCAGCACUGUACGCAUAUUGACGCUUCGUAUAUUGCGCAAUAUGUGUUUUUUGGGUAGUAAUCGUUCUGCUUUGAUGACAUCAAACGACUUUAUUUGUACAAUUGAUACGAUUGUUGGCGAACGACUGGGUUCGUCAGCAGCAUCAAAUGCGGAACAGAAAUAUGUUUCGUAUGAAGAACAAUUGAUAGCAUGUGUUGGUGUUUGGAAAUUAGCCUCCGGUGGUGCUAAGUACGUCGCUAUGCUACGAUGUACCAAUUUGUCCAAACAUCUGCGGCAGUUGAAUCAGCAGUUGGAGUCACUCAAGGAAACUAAUUCCAAGAAGUUUUCACAAACCCCUUUCGCUACAGAUUUGUCGUAUGUGCUAGAUGUAAUCUUAAAUAUUUUUAAUAAUUAGUUUUUUAUAUUUUUACUAUAUUUAAAUUAUUUUAGAUGAUAUUCUUAAAAAUAUAUAAUAUAAGUCCUUCUAAAACAAUUAAAAAUAUUUGGAAAAAAAUUGAAAAAAACACUUUUACAAAAUUUUGCUACCAUUGAAACUGUAUUUUUUAAUUUGUUGAAUUAAAACGCCUUUGUUAAU